AUGGGAGAUAAAGGAACCAGGGUGUUUAAGAAAGCGAGUCCCAAUGGAAAGCUCACCGUCUAUCUGGGGAAGAGAGACUUUGUGGACCACGUGGACCUGGUGGAGCCCGUGGAUGGAGUCGUCCUGAUUGACCCGGAGUACCUGAAGGAAAGGAAAGUGUUUGUGACUCUGACGUGUGCGUUCCGUUACGGGCGUGAGGAUCUGGACGUCCUCGGGUUGACAUUUCGUAAGGACCUGUUUGUGGCUAACAUCCAGUCGUUUCCUCCGCUGCCUGAGGAGAAGAAGAGCCUGACUCGACUUCAGGAGCGCCUGAUUAAAAAGCUGGGAGAACACGCCUACCCGUUCACCUUCGAGAUUCCUGUGAACCUGCCGUGCUCCGUCACCCUGCAGCCUGGACCCGAGGACACUGGGAAGGCCUGUGGAGUCGACUUCGAGGUGAAAGCGUUCUGUGCAGAAAACGUUGAAGAAAAGAUCCACAAAAGGAACUCUGUGCGUCUGGUGAUCCGGAAGGUUCAGUACGCUCCAGAGAAACCUGGUCCUCAGCCCACAGCAGAAACCACCAGGCAGUUCCUGAUGUCCGACAAGCCUCUGCACCUGGAGGCGUCUCUGGACAAAGAAAUCUAUUACCACGGAGAACCCAUCAGUGUCAACGUCCACGUCACCAACAACACAAACAAGACGGUGAAGAAGAUGAAGAUCUCAGUGCGACAGUACGCAGACAUCUGCCUCUUCAACACAGCUCAGUACAAAUGUCCGGUGGCAACCGAGGAAUCAGAUGACGUGGUUGCUCCCAGUUCCACCUUCUGUAAAGUCUUCACCCUCACACCGUUCCUCGCCAACAACCGAGAGAAGAGAGGCCUCGCUCUGGACGGGAAGCUGAAGCACGAGGACACCAACCUGGCGUCCAGCACACUGUUGAGAGAAGGAGCCAACAAGGAGAUCCUCGGUAUCAUCGUAUCGUACAAAGUCAAGGUGAAGCUGGUGGUGUCUCGCGGAGGGCUCCUGGGGGACCUGGCAGCGAGCGACGUCUCUGUCGAGCUGCCGUUUACAUUAAUGCACCAGAAACCGUUAGAGGAGAGUUUGUACAGAGACGCUGCAGAUGAAGCUCCGGUCGAUACAAACCUCAUAGAGUUUGACACAAAUGAUGAUGACAUCAUCUUCGAAGACUUUGCCCGCCAGCGGCUGAUUGGGCCAAAAAACGAUAAGGACGAAGACGAGGAGCCGGUGGACUCGCCCAAACUCAACGACAGAUAAAGACGAGGAGCAUCAGCGGCGCUGCCGGAGGUCACGUUUAGCUGUAACAGUCUGGAGCCUGUCAACAUCUGGCGGUGGCGUGUUGUUGUGUUCUCGUUCGUGUUCGUCUUCUCUGCGUCCUGCCGGGUGUAAAAUGCUAGAAUACCACAGACACCAGUCCUGCUUCCAGACGAGCAGCUCUCCACUACUGGGCUGAUGUGUUGACGCGGCAGUGUCGUGACGACGGCUCGUAGCAUGCCUCACUUUGUUCUACGUGUUUCCAUUAGGGAUCAGACAGGAGUAACGUUGUGUUCAGAUUAGUUUCGAUGUGUCGUACCGGAGGGUCUUUGGUUGACGUGGGACGAUUCGCCACUUCGAGCCACAACGUCAGCUUCCAGAGGCCGAGACAUCUGAGACGUCCCGACUUGCCGAGAGGACUUUGAAGUAUCCGAUCAGCUGACAGGAAGCGAAGGCCUCCUUUGCAUGAAACUUCAUUUAUUGAUGUUAUGAAUAAUCAAACUUUAUUGACGAUGGUUAACCCCUUGUAGACAAAUGACGCAAAUUUGCCAGAAACCCAAUUUCGGGCUUAAUGCCGCCGAGGUGAGGAUUGUGCCUGAUGGUGCAAAUACUACACAUACCAAGGAAGGUAUUGGAAGCACUCUGCCGCCAUCUAGUGGUCGGAGUGGAAAAUACAUACUAGCCCCUUGGGACUGUGCAGCAAAGUUAUUUUGAGGUAUUAAGCUGUAUUUGAAAUACUGUGAUGAUGGAACAGCAAUGAUUGUACAGAAACAUAUGUUGUUAUUAAAUUUCAAGCAAAAGCAGCAUCAAUAUAAUAAUAUACAUACCAGAGACUGAAAAAAUAGUUAAAUUAAGGUUAUGCCCCAUUAUGCCUAAUGUUGCUAAUUUGCCUCAUACCUUAAUUUUAUGUCUACUCUAUAUGCUAUAUUGAAAUGAACAAUCUCCUCUUAAUUUAGCAUCUGUAUGACAGCCAAAAACACAAAUAAUAUUUUUUGGAUAUAAUUGGAAAUUAAUUCAGGCAAUAAGGGGUUAAAGGAACAAAGGUGUGUCUGUGCUUUGAUGUUUUUAUGUCAAUCAUUUUCCAAAACAUUGUCAGUUUCAGACGUCUCUGACAUCUCACGAAUGAAUCGUUCAAGUUCCAGGUGGAGUCUCGUGUCUCUGAGUUGACUGUGAACGCAUCAUGGCGCCCUCAUGGCGCCUCGGUUGAAAACGUCAUUAGAACGUCCCCAGGUUUUAAUUUUCAGAUGGUCUGUGAUGCGCCCUCUAGUGGAAUACUCCAGUAACACAUGUAAUACACGGGACUAGGUGAACAAUUACACUAAUGAAGCAGAAUGUUCAUGAAAACCUGUGUGUUUAUUCUGAAAUGUGUCGGAUUCAUGUUGUUGAAUUUUUCUUUAAAAAUUUAGAUUUAAAUCAGUUUAAACUGGAUUUUAUUUUGACAAAGUUAAGCUGCUGGUGUUUUUCAUUUUAAAAAGUCUCCAAAGACUUUUGAAUUUACGACGUUAUGUGCUGGAACUUUAUUUAACAGAAACUGUGAAUGUUUUUUCAA